AUGAGCUCCGCUGCUAUCCCGAGAAGUUCUUGGGUCAAACUCUAUAAGCAACUUCAACAAGAAGCGAAUAAAAUACCGCAAUACAACUAUCGAUCAUUUUUCAACCGCCGAAUUCGCGACCACUUUGAAAAAAACCGUACUGUUAGUGAUUUGAAUAAGCAACACGAGCUUUACCAAGAAGGACUAAGAAAUCUCGAAGUCUUAAAGCGUCAAUCACUUGUCUGCCAACUUUAUCCACAUAAAAAGACUGUCGUCGAACAGAAACUCGAAAUUGAUGUGGAAAAAACGCUCGAAGAAGUCGCUCAAUUUCAAGCUCAAUAUAAGGAUCUUGUUGAAAGAAACAGGCGAAGACUUGAUGAAGAUCAACAAUGGGUCGAGGAUAACUUGAGAGAAGAACGAGCUAUGAAACAACGCAUCAAUAGCAUUAAUCAGCAAGAUACAAAGGAAAAUGAAAAGAAUUCUGCAGUGACUGAUACAAAGGCGAUUAUGGACGAAUUGCGAGAUUCCAAUGUAGCUGCCGAAGUGAUUCUUGACAGAGAACGAAAGAAGCAAAUCGAAAAAGAAUUAGAGGAGAAAGAAGAACAAGAAAAGAGAAAAAAGCGAAACAAAGAGCUUCUUCAAAAUCGCAAGCGUCAGGCAGAAAAUAUGUCAUUCACAUCUACGAUGAGAAUUGCUGGACGUCCGUAUGUACAUCAGAAUUUGGAUCUUGUCAUCAAUGGUCCACAAGUUCCAACAUUUGCACAAAUCGAGUCGAUGGGAUACUUGUCACACAUGCGUCAAGCUUCUAUGGGUCGAAUUGCUGGUGGUUAUACUGCAACAAUGGGAGUUGCUCGCGCGCUAUUUGAAAGUCGUUUGGAUUUGUUGGCAUUUUGA